UACUUUGCGACCAGCACCAUCAUUGGGCAUAUGGUAGUGGUGAUGAGAAUUUGUUAAAGGUAGAGUCCACGCAGACCAUGAUACGCAUUGUGGGCCUUUCAGCCACUCUACCCAACUAUUUGGAGGUUGCACAAUUUUUGAGGGUGAAUCCAGAUAGGGGUCUCUUCUUCUUCAAUUCUAGUUAUCGUCCAGUGCCUCUCGCACAACAAUACAUUGGAAUUAGUGAGCAUAACUUUCUUGCUCGCAAUGAGCUGCUGAAUGAAAUAUGUUACAAUAAGGUUGUUGAUUCGCUAAAACAUGGGCAUCAGGCUAUGGUUUUCGUUCACUCACGGAAAGAUACAGGAAAAACAGCGGCUAAACUGGUUGAACUUGCCAGGAAGAAUGGAGAUCUGGAGACCUUUGGAAAUGACACCCACCCUCAGUUUGAAUUGGUUAAGCUGGAAGUUCUUAAGUCCAGAAACAAGCAGCUUGUUGAACUCUUUGAAGAUGGGAUUGGUAUUCAUCAUGCUGGGAUGUUGCGUGCCGAUAGAGGUCUGACAGAGCGGCUUUUCUCUGAGGGACUCUUGAAGGUUCUUGUUUGCACUGCAACUUUGGCAUGGGGAGUAAAUCUACCUGCUCACACUGUUGUGAUUAAGUUCAACAAUCAUGCUCAAGUUCUACCAAAUCCACAAGCCAAGAAAUGGUGGACCUAA